GUUAUUGUUGGGUGGGGCGCCAGAAAGAGAACAACCUCCAGCUGUGCUGAACAGCCUCCUGUUCUGAAAUAUCGGUCUGUUGUAGCAUUGAGCAUCUUAUCUGACGGCAACAGGUUCACCAAAAGAACUGGAUGACCAAUUAUUUGGUAAAUGCGGAAAAGAUUCUUUUCAUUACUUAUUCCCAAAUUGUGGGAGUGAAUAAUAAAGUCGCAGAAUAGGCUACGUCUAUGUGACAGUCUGGGGGUGUUAGUGUCGUCCGUUUCCAAAGUUCUAAAAGCCGAAAACUUCACUUGGACUUAUAGAGAAAGAGAUAAUGAUUCUUCAAAGGGACCGGCUGCCACAUCUAUAAAAAAAGAAAAGAAUGUAAGAUGUCUUACAUCAGUGGUAGAUGGUGGCGAUGGAAGUUCCGGAAGGUCCUUCUGGUUGCCUUAAUCCAGGUGUGCUUAGAGACAUCAGCAGUGCUGAGCUGUCAGGUGGACUGCAAUCAGGUGUUCACGAGCCCCCUGGGAUCCUUCACGUCCCCCUGUUACCCCGGCGACUACCCAAAAAGCCUGGCCUGCAGGUGGACGCUGCGGGCCCCGGCGGGAUUCAUUGUGCAGUUGACCUUUGCGGACUUUGAGCUGGAGGAGGCCCUGGGGUGCAUCUACGACCGGGUCAUCGUGAGCACCGGCAGCAGCGACGUCAAGUUCUGCGGCAUCACCGCGCACGGGCUCACCCUCAACUCCACCGGAAACGUGAUGGAGCUGCUCUUUAGCUCAGACUUUAGCAUCCAAAAGAAAGGCUUCAAUAUCACUUAUAGGCAAGUUGCCGUGGCACUGAGGAACCAGAAGGUAAGGAUACCUCAAGGUGCCGGGCAGGCCAUACAGGCCUCGUCCCUGGUUACCAUUCCGUCCCUUCAGAUGUUCACCGUCUGCUUCGAGAUCGCCCGGCACAAGCAGAGGAGCACCGAAAAGAUAUUCUCUUACACGAGCGGCGGCAGCGACGUCCUCGUCUUCGGGAUGCACGGGGCGGAGAUGGCCCUGGGCAUCAACUCCGUGCAGUGCGGCCUGGGCACCAUCCUCAACCAGAGCGACUUCACGGCGACCAUGAAGAGCUUCUGCUUCACCUGGACCAGCACGUCGGGGCGGGUGAACAUGUACUCCAACGGCUACAGAACCACGUCGUGCACGGACUCCAAGCUGGAGACGCUGGUCGGCGGGGGGGUUUUCAGUCUGGGGGGGGACCGCGACAGCAUCGAUGGCGACCUGUACAACUUUCGGCUGUGGGAUUACGCCAUGACCAGAAUUCAGCUCACGGAGCUCACCUGCGACGUUCCGGGCAACGUCCUCGACUGGGAGAACAGUUUCUGGGAUAUUCCCGCGUCCCAUUCCCAAACAGACAGCACACUCAGCUGCAUCUGUUUCCCAAAUUGCACACAUUUAACAACAGCUGUGCCAUCUAGUGGUACAGCCAUACCUACACUUACGUCUCCCACCACAAGCUGUGCUUCUUCUGGAAUGGGGUGUCCAGCGCCAAUAUUAACUUCUGCUACAGCAUCCACUGUCACCACUAACAUGACUGGUACUAAUCCAACGAGAUACGUCCAAUCUACCACCACAUCACCUGCAAUCACCACUAGCAUGCCCUUAACCAGCAUAUCUACAGAUGCUACGCAUUUCAUUAUUCCAUCAGCUGCCACCACCACUAACACACAUCUACACCCCAGUCCUGCCAAUGAGGGACUUUACUACAGACUUUCGUUUGUUGUAAAUGACAACCAGGCAAAAAAUUCUGAAUUGGAGGUAGAGAGGACUGUCAUGCUUUGGCUUAAUCAAACAUUUAAAAACUGGACAUACAAUGUGUAUGUUGUUGAUGACAGCGUUCAGCUUUCUAAUGUUGGCGGUGGUUCCAGUGCUGCUAAACGGUACACCUGUCGAGCCCUGCUGAUUUACAGGUACACCACCGAGAGCCCACUGGAAGAGGCAGUGAUCCAGGACAGGCUGCUGAAGAAAAACUUGAACGUUGGAAGUGGCCUAGUGCUGGAUUCCUUCGCUGUCCAGGCUGUGGAGAACUGUGAAGCAGAAGAAAAUCCCACACAUUACAACUGGCCUGAAAGCAGGCCGACGGUGACCCAGUUUGUCCCCUGCUUUCCCAACAAGGCACUGAACGCCUCCAGAACAUGCGUGCUAAACUCACAAAACUACUCUUCAUUCUGGGACUCUCCUGACUUCACCAACUGCACUGAUAUUGACGGCAUUGAGGUAUCUGCAGAAAACGCGGCAGACGUGGUCACGCAGCUGGCUGACAUAACGCAGAAGGAGCUCUCGACCAAUGAGGUCUCGAAGGUCGUCACCAAGCUGAAAGAGAUCGUCAACGUGGCCAAAAUCAACGCAUCCCUGGCUUUUAGCAUGGUGACCGUCUUCUCCAACGUGAUGACAAGCUCUGAUACAGCGCUGGCAGCCACCUCAGAACUGGCCCUGAAAACCGUGGACGAGAUGGUCCAGAAGAUUGUGUUCGAUGGGCCGUCCCUGAGCAUCUCUUCCGAAAACCUGGCCCUGGGAAUCUCCUCCCUCAACACCAGCGAUUACAACGGGACGUCCUUCAGCGCGUUCCAUGCCCCCAACACUACUGACGUUCAGAUUGAUUUUGAGUCGGAGCAGCUGAAUCCCCUGGCCGCCGUCACGCUCCCGGCUACGCUGCUGAGCAACCUCAGCGCGGCCGACGUGGAGUCCAGCUACCGCAUUAAUUUCAUGUUCUUCAGUAAGGUUGGGCUGUUUCAGGAUCACACAUCUAAUGGGCUGAACUUAAGAAGCUAUGUGGUUGCUAGCAGUGUGGGCAGUGAGACCAUCAGAGACCUACAGGAUCCUGUGAAAAUAGAGAUUGUACACUUGCAAAACCAGUCAAAUCCAAAGCCUGUGUGUGUGUUUUGGGAUUUUUCCAUCAAAAAUGGCACUGGCGGCUGGAACAGCGAGGGCUGCCGGGUCAGCCCCGAGUCCAACCAGUACAAGACCGUCUGCCUGUGCGACCACCUGACGCACUUUGGCAUUUUAAUGGACAUAUCCGGAUCCGCAGCAAAGAUUGAUGCGCAGAACACCAAGAUCCUCACCUUCAUCACCUACAUCGGCUGUGGCAUAUCCGCCAUUUUCUCAGCCGCCACACUUCUCACCUACAUCGCCUUCGAGAAAUUGCGCAGGGACUAUCCUUCUAAGAUCUUAAUGAACCUCAGCACCUCGCUCCUCAUGCUGAACAUGGUGUUCCUCCUGGACGGCUGGCUGGCGUCCUUCGACAAUGAAGGCCUGUGCAUCGCCGUGGCCGUCUUCCUGCACUACUUCCUGCUCACCUCCUUCACCUGGAUGGGCCUGGAAUCCGUUCACAUGUACAUCGCCCUGGUCAAGGUCUUCAACACCUACAUCCGGAGGUACAUCCUCAAGUUCUGCAUCGUCGGAUGGGGUCUGCCUGCUACAAUCAUAUCUAUCGUGGUAGCCAUUGACAGGAAGUUCUAUGGGAAGGAGUACUAUGGUAAAGAGGAGAAUGGUCAAGGCUCUUCUGAAUUCUGUUGGAUUAGGAAUCAGCUGGUUUUCCUCUUGACGUGCGUGACCUACUUCUGCCUCAUCUUCCUGUUGAACGUGGCCAUGUUCAUCGUGGUGAUGAAGCAGAUCUGCGGACGCAACGGCAAGCGCAGCAACCGGACGCUGCGCGAGGAGGUCCUGCGCAACCUGCGCAGCGUGGUCAGCCUCACCUUCCUGCUGGGCAUGACCUGGGGCUUCGCCUUCUUCGCCUGGGGCCCCGUCAACCUGGCCUUCAUGUACCUCUUCUCCAUCUUCAACUCCCUGCAAGGGUUAUUUAUCUUCAUAUUUCACUGUGCAAUGAAAGAAAAUGUUCAAAAACAAUGGAGGAGAUAUCUGUGCUGCGGAAAAUUCCGUCUGGCUGAAAAUUCAGACUGGAGUAAGACUGCGACGAACAACACAAAGAAGGUCAGCUCUGAUAACAUAGGGAAGUCCCUCUCCUCCAGCUCUUUCGGCUCCAGCACUGCUAACUGGACCUCCAAGGCCAAAGCAACACUAAACCCAUUUGCAAAGCGGAGCAGCAAUGCAGGUAAAGGCUACGCCAGCCAGACAAGCCCCAAAUUCAGCCCUGCCGAUGGGGACGGCUCCUCCUCUAUCAUCCCUGUGCACCAGGUCAUCGACAAGGUGAAAGGCUACUGCUCCGUCCGCUCCGACAACUUCUACAAGAACAUCAUCAUGUCGGACAGCUUCAGCCACAGCACCAAGUUCUAGACCCGCUCCCCCACCCCCCCGCCCCCCUGCUAAAGUGUGUUGAGUCAUCCUAGAUGCGCUUGCAUAACAAACUCCAGAGCAAAAUGAAUAUAUGUGCACCGUGCAAUGCCAAGGUAACCAAUGAAACAGCAGCCAGGGAAAACAGGAAACACAACAGGAUAGAUCUAUAGAUCCACAUGCAGGAAGUAGCGUGAGCUUGUCAUUUACAUACUGUGAUGUUAAACGUGAAUUGGUUACAUGUUACAUGUUCUGUAAAUAUAACUUUUUUUCUGUGCUUUUUCUAAUUGCUUUCUGUGCAUAUAGUUUUUUUUUUUUUAGUUUUUUUUUUUGCACAUACAGUGAGGUGGGUCUUGUUUUCUCUAUAGAGAGCCUGCUGCCUGUACAGGAGACUGAAGACUGAACUUCCUUCAUAGGCAGGGCAUAAAAGAGAGAGGGGAGCUAUUUAAAAAAAAGGCUAUGGGAAAUGUAAAACCCACAGAGACUGUUAAAAAUAUGCAAGUCAUAGAGCUGCGGCACUGCUAGCUUCUGAAAGGGAACCAUUUUGUUUUUUCUCCCUCCUGCUUUGUUUGUGAACCUUGUUAUUUUGCUGGGAGGCAUGUUGUUGCGACCUUUUGAAAAGACGACAAAUAUUGCAUAAAUAUUAUUACGUUGGUCAACUUUCAACUUAUUACAAUUGUUAUUGUUUAUAGUGUAUUUUUUUAGCUUUUUUGCCUGCAGGUGCUCUGCUACUAUGAGACGUGUUCAAAAAGAAGUGCAUGACUGUUAUUUGUGCAGUGCUGUUUUCUUCAUCCAUUGGAUUAGUCCAAAUGAGGGAUUUCAAUGCAAGUAGACUGGCCCAUGACACACAGAAACUCAUCUCAUUAUAGUCGUGGUUUUAUGUUCUGAAAAACAGAUUUUUUUUAUUUUUACAUUUUUUCACAGCAUCAUUUUCUUAAAUCACAUUACAAUGACUUGUCCUGCAAGCCUUGCCGUGUAUCUUGAGUGUUGGUUGCACACGUGUCACUUGAAGACGCUUUGUCUCUUUCAUAAGCUUGCUAGGUACACUGGACAUUUCUAUAUUUUAAAUGAUGCAACCAUGUAAACAAGUUUUCUUCUGUAUAUGUGUAACAAUAGAAAAAAAAAACCCUUUUAAUAUUAUUGUAUUUAUUUCCGCAGGGAAAAAUGGCCAUAAUGAUUAAGCUGAAACAUGCCAGCCAAAAGACCAUAGAUACGUUUGUGAAUAAUUCACUGCCAAACGAUGAUUCUCAAGAGAGAAGUUGACUUGGAGAGAGAAAGAGAGAAAAAUUAUUAAAUCUCUUUUCUUCUAAUGAAUGUGGGAAGGAAAGUAGGGGCAGGCAUUUUUUUUUUUUUUUUUUUUUGGAUGAAAACCUGCAAUUGCUCUUUUUUUCUGCACACAAAAAAAAUGUUUCACAGUUACAUGCCAGCUAGGGUUAAAUGCAUAACUUUAAUAAUGUUUGGAGGCCUGUUUAGGUAAGUAUUUAUUGUACUCUAAAUUCAAUAAAAAUGUAUGUUAUAAAUAAUGAAACAAAUAUUAUAAAUUCAGUGGAUAUUUAUAGUUUUGAUAGGAUGGUAUUCUGUAUUGAUGUGUUUGUCGAGCUGUAAAUUUACUUAUGGGUUUACAAAUUUUUAAAUUAGCAUUACUAUGUUUUCCAAAAAAGUAGCAAAAAAAUAGUACUGAUGUUAAAUAAUGAUACAGAAAAUGGGGGGAAAGAAUGUCAGUUUCAAAACUAGAAAUAAAUACAGCUAAUAAAUUUAGUGCUUUAGAUUUUUUGGGAAGAUUAAGAUUAUGACUAUGGAAUUCUUAAUUCAGAGUUUCCUACAGUGCAUUGAGUAACAGAUUAAUACUCACAGUAAAAAAAAAUGCAAUCAGAUUAUUAAUACAAAUCAAAAGGAUUACCUAAUUUUGAUGAGGCAGACAAACUUUAUGUAAAGAAAGAAAAGAAAAUCUUUAAAAAGCCAUGUGUGAAUGAUAAUUUCUCAAUACUGCAUGUGGUGCAUUAUACCUGACACAUACAGACCUAUUAUGCCCUUCAAGGUUAUUCUCUUGUAUUUAAUAUUCACUUGUCUUGGAAAAUUAUUGUCUUGCAGAUUACGAUUAUAUGACCACCUAUUGCAGUAGAUCAUCUCACAAAGUCAGAAUUUUAGUACAAGGGAUAAAAAUGAUAUACUGUAGCAUUUGUGCAAACAUGAAGAUUGAACAACCAUAGUAAAAAUCUACACCGAACAAAUUCAGACAUUGCAAGGGUAGAAGCUUUUCAGAGUAAACUAAAAUUAUAUAGCUUAAAAAUACAUUUUAAUAGUCUGUAUUUUAUAGUCCACAGUCAAUGUAUUUCUGGUAAGAAGAUUUUGCAACAGCAUUUUCACAUGCUGUUGUGUGCCUGAUUCUCAGCAGCCUUAACACUCCUUACCUACUUCAAGCUGAUAGGUUAAAGAUGCACUUCAGUGCAAAUGUGCAUUCUGGGAAGGGCAUAUCCCCUCCUCCCAAAAAAGGUUUAGAAUUAUUACUUAAUAGAAAUCUGACACAAUACCCAAAUUAUGAUUAAAAGGGUAUGAUAUCUGGGGCUAAAUAUCUCAAUCAGUUUAAAUGUCAUUUUAAACAAGUCCAAUAAAUAAGAAUGCAUUUUCUUUUAAAAGAUCUCAUUUGACUGAACAUGCUUUGUCUGCAGUCACUACUGGAAUCAACAGCUUUAUGUUAUAAACAAAUUAGGCCUUGUAAAUUUGAACUCAUUGGGAUAUUUGUGCUAUAAUCCCUUUAGUCCUUGGGUACCCCAAAAUGUUAUCCACUAUUUUCACCUUUAUCUAUAGCUUCUCCAACUGUACAAGGUACUAAAGACUAUCAGACAUAUUUAAUACUUAAUAUCAAUAUCUAGUUAUGAUUUGAAGACCCAUUGUAGAAACAUAGCGAAAGUACAUGAAGGAGAAUGGUCAUAUGACCAGGCUUAGCAGAUUUGGUUUUUUUAGUCAGUAGUUUUCUCAAAAGUCAUAGCUAAACAAUGAAACACAUCAUCACCGCCCAGUUCUGCUUAAUGUAAAGUAUGUGUUUUAAGUGAAGAUUAUAUAGUCUUGACAGAAGAGUUAUCGAAAUGAUUUAAUCUGAUUACUUUUGCCUGGCGUAUAUUUUUUUAGCUAUUAUUCAGUCCAUUUAUGAGACUGUAGCUAUUGUGAUGUAACAGGUAUCACAUUGAGUUGGAAGCAGAGCAGUAAAACCUAUAGGUGAAAUAAGCACAAAUGAAGCGCUUCCACACACACUCACACACACACACACACAUACACUCACACACCGCAUGCGCACACACACACACACACAAACACACACACAGCUGUACAGUAACAUGCCAUGAAAGUGCUGUAACCUUAAUGGAAUAUGUAUGGUCAACUGGGAAUCUUUUCUGCAAAUCUAUCUUGUGAAUUUCCAAUAAAACUGUUACAACACA